AUGGCUCCAAACGUGACUCAUCGACAGAAGAAGAAGGAUGGAAGCCAUAAAAAGGCAUCUCUUUACAAUAAGUACUAGUCCGUGAUAGUUGAUCGAGUAUUUUGUAAAUGUGCUGAGAGAUUAGUGGAAAAGCUACAACCCAAUGCGCUUAAUGGAACUGUUGUAAACAUGGAGGACAGAUUUUCUCAGUAAACUCUUGAUGUUAUAGGCCUGUCUUUGUUCAACUACAAUUUUGUUCUAAAUGCUUAUUUCCAGGUUAUUGAUUCUGUUUACACUGCAUUGAAAGAGGCUGAGCUUCACUCUAUUGAUAUAUUGCCAUAUUAGAAGGCAAGCACUCUCUCAAGUUGAUGUUUGCAAAAGAUAAUCCCAAGACAAAUAAAAGCUGAAAAGGUUUCAGGGAUCAGGAGUUCUGUUGAAGAACUUAUUGCUAAGUGCAAAGAAAUUGUGGAAGCUAAGGGUGAAAGAAUUGAUGAGGAAGAAUAUAUAAAUAACACUGAUCCAAGCAUCCUUCGUUUUUUGCUUGCAAGUAGGGAAAAGGUAUCAAGUGAGGAAUUGCGAGAUGAUCUUUUGUAUAUGUUGGUUGCUGGACAUGAGACGACUGGUUCAGUUGUGACUUGGACGAUAUAUCUUCUAAGUGUAGAAUCCCCACACACUGUGAAAGCACAAGAAGAAGUUGAUAGAGUUUUACAAGGACAUCGCUCAUCCUAUGAUAACAUAAAGAGCCUGAAGUACCUGACGUGCUGCAUAAUGGAAUCAUUUCGUCUCUUCCCACAUCCUCCUGUUUUGAUAAGAAGAGCUCAAGUUGCUGACGUGCUCCUUGGAAAUUACAAAGUCAGUGGUCAAGAAAUCAGGAUAUCAGUAUACAAUAUCCAUCGUUCUUCAGAGGUGUGGGAGAGAGCAGAAGAGAUUGGACCUGAAUGAUUUGAUCUGGAAGGCUUUGUACCUAGUGAAACAAGCACGGAUUUCAGGUUCAUUCCAUUCAGCGGAGGGCCACAGAAGUGUGUUGGUGAUCAGUUUGCUCUGCUGGAUGCGGUUGUUGCUCUAGCAAUCUUUAUUCAGAACCUGAACUUUAAGCUGGUUCCGGAUCAGAACAUCAGCAUGACAACCGGAACAAUUCACACUACGCAGGGUUUGUACAUGAAACUGAGACAAUGA